AUGAGCCAACUCAGAGGCCCACUUGACGUUCUACUCAAGAAGAACACUACAUGGUAUUGGACUCCGGAUCAACAAUCGGCAUUCGAUAAACUGAAGGAAGUAUUACAGAGUGAUCUUCUACUCACUCACUAUGAUCCGUUACUUCCAAUAAUAGUUGCAGCAGAUGCCAGCAAUCAAGGGAUUGGUGCUGUGAUUAUGCACGAACUCCCCAACAAGAGUCGAAAAGCAAUAUUUCAUUCUUCUCGUACACUGACAGAAACUGAGAAGAAAUACAGCCAAAUUGAAAAAGAAGCACUUGGUCUCAUUUAUGCAGUUACCAAAUUUCACAAAUACAUAUUUGGUCGUCAUUUCACAUUGGAGACUGAUCACAAGCCGCUUCUACAUAUCUUUGGAAAUAAGAAGGGUAUACCGAUCUACACUGCAAAUAGAUUACAGAGAUGGGCGUGUACGUUACUUCUUUACGAUUUCGACAUAACAUACAUUAAUACUGAUUCAUUUGGCUAUGCAGAUUUUUUAUCACGACUCAUCGAUUCUCAACCAAGAUCUGAAGAAGAUUCCGUCAUCGCUUCAGUAUACACAGAAAUCGUUAUCAACAGCAUUCAGACGAAUACUGUCACUUACCUUCCAGUGUUAUUCAAUGAAAUCGAACAGGAAUCCAAAAAUGAUUCUAAUAUCACGACAGUCAUUGAAUACAUGAGUUCGGGCUGGCCAUCUAACAAGAAGGAAAUUAGUACUGACCUUCUACCAUUUUUUAAUAGGAGAGACGAAUUAUCCGUAGUUCGUAACACCUUAAUGCUUGGAGAAAGAGUGGUGAUUCCUACUUCACUCAGGACCAGAGUCUUGAAACACAUUCACAAGGGUCAUCCAGGAAUAGAACGAUCCAAAGCACUAGCCCGCAGUUACGUUUAUUAUCCAGGAAUUGAUAAGGAUAUAGAGAGGUUAGUUAAAGAAUGUACUAAGUGCAUGGAGACCCGUACAUUACCUCAUAAGACUAAUCUCAAAUCAUGGCCUGUUCCACAAAAUGUAUGGGAACGUAUACAUAUAGAUUAUGCAGGACCACUGCAUGACAAAAUUUUCUUUCUCAUCGUGGACGCUAAAAGUAAAUGGCCUGAAAUAUUCAUUCCUUCAAAUUCCACUACUACAAGUACUAUUACAUGUAUGAAAGAUGCAUUUUCGAGAUUUGGAAUACCAAAAACGGUAGUUUCAGACAAUGGAUCGCAGUUCAGCAGCCAUCAGUUCCAAGAAUUUUGCAAAUUACAUGGCAUUGAACACAUAAAGACGCCUGCUUAUCAUCCACAAUGCAACGGUUAG